AUGCCAGAAGAACGGAUUGCCAGAAACAUAGCACUUCACAUCGCUGCAGGAGAUGGAAACAUCACUAAAUGCGAAACUUUAUUGAACGAUGAUGAAGAUGGAACAAAUGGAGCGGAUGCAUGGUGGGAAGACGAAAGUCAUUUGAGGUGGAACGCUUUACAUUUCGCAGUCAGUGGAGGUCAUAGUGACAUUGUCAAGCUGUUACUUAGACGAGGAGGAAUAUGGAACGCAAUUGAUGAAUUGGGUUUCACUCCGGCUGAUUAUGCAUGGUCUUUGAACAAUGAUGAAAUUUAUUGGAUCUUAUUCGAAGAAGGUGUACGUCAAACACUCGUACUGAACCUGUUGGACAGGAAAGCUUUAGCACAAUCAGCAUCAAGAGAUCCAGGUGCCAAUGGAGCAACUGCAAAAGAUGGCGAGGGCGAGAAAGGAGUUCAAGUUGGUGAGAAUGGAGAAUCCUCAACUUUGAAAUUACAGGUGACCGAAUCUAGCGGAGAAGUAUCUGCGCAAAAUGAUCGUUUCCUCGAAUCUCGUUUGACGUUCGUCAAAGAUGGUGAAGGAAAGAUGAGAUGUAUGGACAAAGAUGGAGGAUUGGUAAUGGCAGCAUGGGAAACAGAUGUGAUGCAAAAGACCGCAACACUUCUAUGCACAGAUCAGCAGACAGGACAGCCGAUAACAGGCCUCAAAAUCUUAAAUGUUGGAUUUGGAUUGGGAAUUGUGGACGAAUUCUUUCAACAAUACAAGCCUAGUAAACAUGUCAUUGUUGAAGCACAUCCUGAUGCUAUUGCAUUUGCUCGUCAGAAUGGCUGGCAUGAGAAACCUGGAGUGGAACUCAUCCAUGCAAAAUGGGAGGAUGCUUUAGAUCAAUUAGCCAAUGGGGAGCUGUUUGAUGUGAUUUAUUGGGACACAUAUGCUCAAGGAUAUGGUGAAUUGCGUGACUUCUUCGAAGAGGUACCCUAUCUCUUGGAUGAGUCCAACCCUAACGCUCGAUUCUCCUUCUUCCAUGGUCUAGCAGGCACGAAUCGAUUCCUGUAUGAUAUAUACACACGUGUAUCUGAGUUGGACUUGAGGGAGAUGGGAUUAGAUACACAAUGGUACGACAUUAGGCCAAGCACAACGAGCGAAACAUGGAAUGGAAUCCUAAGAAAAUAUUGGGAUCUCGAUGUUUUACGAAUACCGAUCUCAAAGAGAAUUCAAGAUGUAGAAUAA